GGACACCGUCGAGGCGAAGCCGGACAAGGAAGAGGCCUCCUGGGUGAUUCUGAUCGCCGGGCCGAGCUUGGGCUUGGGGUGCUUGACCUUCUUCAUCGUGCUCGGAAUUCUCCUGGUCGUCGUCUACUUUCUGUUCCGGACCGAGGCUUCCUCGCUCUACACAGUCCCGAGCGACGGGUCCUUCCGCCGGCUGGGCGACCCGACUGACACCGCGAUGGGCGCGUACUCGCAGGCGAGCCGGAGCGCCAGGGUGGUGCUUUCGCGGGGCGACUCCGCGGCAACAACGAAUGUUCUGACGAGCGCCUCGGCUAGUGGAGUUGUCAGAAAUAAAGAGUUGCUACCCAUGGGGGACGACGGUGAAGAUGAGCACCCGAAGCAGCUUUACUCGGAUAGCAGUAACGCGGCUGGGGUAACUUCGCGUUCGCGGAGUGUCAGCAACGCGAGUCACGUCAGUGUCAACUACGCGGCGCGGAGUUUCAGCACGGCGAGGCCCACGACGGGGCAGAACCUCGCGCUCGAGGCGGGGCGCGAGGAAAUGCGGGUGCUGCGGCAGGCGGCAAAUGACUUGGCAGUAACCGACCCAUCGGCUUCGGCGAGCGAGUUUUCGGGAAGGUGAUAAGAUUGUAAGUAGAGUUCUUGGUCAACCCAGGAAAUUGGUAGACUUCAGCUAGGCAUGAAAUUGCAUAGACUCAACGGGACAGCAAUACUCUUUCUCCAGUACGAGAUAACAUACCUUCGGCACGUACUUAAAACAUUUGGAGUUUUUGCAUUGAAGGAGCUGUUGUCACAUCACCUCAGCAAUCAGCCCCCUCCUGGC